GGAGGCGGAAAACAACAAACGAGUGUGGUGUGUUCCGUCUCCUGAGCGUGUUUAUCUUUGUUAGCUACAUUUUUGCAUAGUUUAAACUAAAAGCAGUCGCCAUGCCUGUCAUUUGUGCGGCGCCAGGCUGUAAUAACAAGUUUGUGAAGGGCUCGGAAAUCAGAUUUUACAGGUUCCCUCUCAGCAAACCUCAGCUCGCCAGCAAAUGGGUGCAGAGCCUGGGGAUGAAAAACUUCAUCCCAACUGCCAACACUUGCCUCUGCUCCGAGCACUUCAGGACCGACUGCUUCAGGGACUACAAUGGCAAACAGUUUCUGAGGGAGGAUGCCGUGCCCACAAUAUUCACCCCGGGACAGGACUCGUCGAAGAUUGAGCUGCGCAAAAGAGGAGUAGUACCAAAGGAGACAAAUGUGGCGAAUCAGAUGGGAACACAAGCAGACAGAGACAAAGUGAGGGAUGCGGCCAUGCGCAGGGACAAAAGAGGAGGGAUGAGGGGUGGACGAGGAGGAGGACGUGGAGGAAAACUUCUGUCUGACAGGCAGAGCGGCGCCACCAAAAGCAGAGUGUACGACAACAAAGGCCGGCUGCUGUCCAACGGCAGAGACAUGUGCGACUGCCUGGAUGUGGACUGUAUGGGCUGCUUCUACCCCUGCCCAGAGUGUGGAUCGCGCAAGUGUGGGGUCGAGUGCCGCUGCGACAGGAAGUGGCUGUAUGAGCAGGUGGAGGUGGAAGGUGGAGAGAUAAUCCGGAACAAAUUUGUUACCUAAUUACCAGUGACUCCUUUUGAAUUGUUGAAUCGUGACGUCAGGAGACAUCUUCCUGUUUGCUGAAUUCAAAUGUAAAUCAACUUGAUUCAUA